CAUAUAUAAACCCCUGCACUGUGGGAGUGAGUGCUCAGAGUCUUAUCACUCGGUUCUUCAUUUGCAGAAGAUUCAUUAUCUUAUGAGAGUCAUGAUAAUGCCGAAACUGUGGACUCUCCUUCUUGCCAAUGCGCUGAUUAUUUGUCAGAUGUACAUCUCACAGGCAGCUCCAUCCAGAACUAUCAAGGACUCCAUGUCAAAUGGAGUCAUGCUAUCAAACGACGAUGCACAAAGUUUACUCAGAGCAAUCAAGGAGUUCAUGCAGAUGACCUCAGAUGAGCAAGACGCCCAAACAGCUGAUGGGAACAGCAAUGCAACAGCGCAGAAGCGGGCAUGUAACACAUCCACCUGUGUAACCCAUCGCUUGGCUGAUUUUCUGAGUCGGUCAGGGGGACUCGGACACAGCAACUUUGUUCCCACCAAUGUGGGUGCCCAGGCGUUUGGCAGACGGAAGCGGCAAGGCCCUGUGUGAGCAAAAGGGCAAAUACAUGGACUCAGUUCCUCCUUGGAGUGACAAGACAGCAUCAUCAUCCACCUAUAAAUACCUAUAAAUGAGAGUAUCAUUUAGAAAAAUAGCCUAUACAAACUGAUGUCUGGUGUAAUGCUUUCAGACUACCAGACAGUUGCCAGUUUAUGAUUUUAUUCCCUGCUUAAAAACAGUAUUGGUGUCAUUGUUGUCAUGUAAAUGGAAGUGGGCAUGUAUUUUCUUCUGUUGAGACAAAUUACAUAUUUUUCUUCGUUUUUUCUUGCUGUACAUCUGCACUACAAACGAAACAAAUCAACAACUGUGGCUGUCUUGAGCCUUGAUGUAAAUCUAUUCAUUGCAUUUAAUCAUAAUGCACAAUGCAAGUAUGAAAAAUGUAGUAAUACUUGUGAGUUGAAAGCAGGAAUAAAUUGUAUUUUAGC